AUGGCAAUGGGCGAUUCACCAGUUCUCGUUGCUCCACAUGAAGCAUACAUUGGUUCUAUAGACCAAGGUACCACCAGUACCAGGUUUUUGAUCUUCAAUCGCGAUGGGGAACCCGUUGCUUCACAUCAAGUCGAGUUCAAGCAAUAUUAUCCUCACCCAGGAUGGCAUGAACACGACCCACUCGAAAUCAUUACAUCCAUCGAGACAUGUAUUGAAGGCGCCGUGAAAUCAUUCGAAGACAAUGGCCAUGCAGCGAGAGCAAUCAAAGCUGUUGGCAUCACAAAUCAACGAGAAACAACUGUAGUAUGGGACCACGAAACUGGAGAGCCACUCUAUAAUGCCAUUGUCUGGACGGAUACCCGAACACAAGCUCUCGUGAGAAAACUCAAAGCUCGUCUCGGGUCCGACAAGCUUCAAGAACUAUGCGGUCUCCCACUCUCAACAUACCCAUCAGUUGGCAAACUAUUAUGGCUGAUCGAGAACGAACCAAAGGUUGCGGAUGCAUACUCCAGAGGCACUCUCGCAUUUGGUACUAUCGAUGCUUGGGUCGUCUACCGUCUCAACGGCGGUCCCAAAAAGAACAUCUUCGUCACAGAUCCCACGAACGCUUCUCGAAGUAUGUUCAUGAACAUCCACACUCUGAAAUACGAUGAGCAACUCCUCGACUUCUUCCGCUUUGACAUGAAUAAGCUCCAUCUGCCCAAGAUUGUUCGAUCCUCGGAUGCAGAAGCAUAUGGCACACUCACCACAGGUGUCCUCUCGGGCGUGCCGAUCACUGGCUGUCUCGGAGAUCAAUCUGCUGCCUUGGUCGGCCAGAAAGGGUUCUCUCCUGGAAGAGCGAAGAAUACUUACGGCACCGGCUGUUUUUUACUUUACCACGUCGGUGACAAGCCUGUGAUUUCCACACAUGGACUUUUGAGCACAGUUGCAUAUGACUUCGAUGGGACUCCACAGUAUGCCCUAGAAGGAAGUAUUGCUGUCGCAGGAUCGAGUGUCAAGUUCCUUCAGAAUAACUUCGAGUUCAUCAAAUCGUCUAGUCAAAUUAGUGUCUUGGCUGAGACCGUGGAGGACAACGGCGGCGUCACUUUCGUGACCGCUUUCAGUGGUCUUUUUGCACCUUACUGGAUCGAUGAUGCACGAGGCACAAUCUUUGGCAUCACUGCAUACACUCAAAAGGGACACGUGGCUAGGGCGACUCUUGAAGCCACCUGCUUUCAAACAAAAGCAAUUCUCGACGCCAUGGAGAAGGACAGUGGCCAUGCUCUAGCUGAACUAGCUGUUGAUGGUGGAAUGACUAAUUCCGAUCUUUGCAUGCAGACGCAAGCAGACCUAAUUGGUAUUCCAGUCGAACGCCCCCGCAUGCUUGAGACUACUGCCCUUGGAGCAGCUAUCGCAGCUGGUUUCGCGAUUGGUGUCUGGCAGAAUUUUGAGGAGUUGAAGAAUGUCAAUACAGCUGGUGUCACGAUUUUUAAGCCGAAGAUCUCAGCACAGGAGAAGGAUAAGAAGUUUGCAAGAUGGGAGAAAGCUGUUGAGAUGUGUAGGGGCUGGGCUGACUAG